AUGAGCGCCGCGACGGACCACCUGUUGAACCAAGGUUGGGGCGAUGUGUUGAGUAACAUCUCACCGUACGCGUGGGGCAACAUGGGCGUUGCGUUCGGAUUGGCCUUUUCCAUUGUCGGUGCUGCCUGGGGUAUCUUUAUCACUGGCUCGAGUCUUCUGGGAGCUGCUGUCAAGGCCCCGCGGGUGCGGUCCAAGAACCUCGUGAGCAUCAUUUUCUGUGAAGCCACUGCAAUCUACGGCGUCAUCAUUGCAAUCAUUUUGCAGAGCAAGAUGAACCAGCCUGGACUGCGCCAUGAGGGAGACGAAGAGAUCAACGAGCACGCGCUGUACUUUGCUGGCUAUGCUGUCUUUGGGUCGGGCAUCGCAGUGGGUUUGACGAAUCUUGCCAGCGGGGUCUCGGUCGGCAUUGCCGGUAGCAGCUGUGUACUUGCUGAUGCUCAGAACGCUGCGCUGUACGUGACGAUUUUGAUUGUGGAGAUUUUCGCUAGUGCGCUGGGCAUCUUCGGUGUCAUCGUGGGCAUCAUUCUGUCCAACAAUGCAGAGUUUCCGAAGUGA